ACAGUUAUUAUGAUGACUGGAUUAUUGCUACAUCCUUCUGUUUAAAUUGAUGUAUGCAUCGUGUUGUUAUCAAAAGAUUCAAAGCAAUGGCUCCACCGAAGGUUCCCAUGGAAUUCAUCAACGAUGUGAAGAAACGCAAUCUCACUUUCGAAACAAGAAAACAGGGCAUCAUAAAGAAAGCUAACGAACUCGCAACCCUCUGUGAUGUCGAUAUCGCCAUGAUCAUUUGCGCUAAUGAUCAUCAAAAACCAGAGAUCUUCUCUCCCGAUGCUGAUACAUUCAACAGUUUGGUCAAUCGUUAUGUUCAAAAUCGCAGUAUUGCACCUGAGAAAAAUCGCUGUUAUGGUUUGUCAGAUUACUUCAAUGACACAAAGAUCAAGAUGGAGAAAGAACUCCUUAACGCCAAGAAGAACAACAUUGAAGAAAAAUUUCCAACUUGGUUUGAUUUUCUGGACAAUCUCUCCGAAAUCGAAUUACGUGAAUUAGCAUCAUCCAUGGAGGCUAAAAUCAGUUUUGUUAAAAACAAGAUUGAAUCUAUGAAGAAAAACUCCGGGAUUCAGCCUAAUACUGUUUUUACUGAGGGUCAGAGAUCAAUGGCGUCACCAUCUGUAAACAAUUCCCCAAUCAUGACAGUGAUGGAGAGGGAUGACGACGACACAGACACAUUUAACCAGCAAACAAGCAAGAAACCAGAGGUUUUCUAUCAUUGGCUUUAAGUUCAGUUUUACGCAGUGAUUUUACUCCAUUUUUUUGUUUUGUCAACGAAUGGUUUGAUAGCCAAAAGAAAAAAUGUAAUUACAAUUGGAUUUGUUAUAAUACCAUGUAUAGAUUGAAUAGAGACUUGGAGAUAUCCUUGAUAAAAGUUAAGGAAAUGUACUAAUUGAGGAGAGCAUUGUACAUUGUUGCUUUAUGUGAAAAGGAAAAAAGAAAUAAAAUUCAACUUUUCUUUA